CAACCGAACACCAGUAGUGCAAGCCGCCGGUUGCUCAAUCGGCGCAGCAACCAAACACGCGUCAUGAUCCAACUGGUACAAAAAUACACCACCAACUGAGCACGCAAGCUCAUUAUAAAUUGCAGUAAGAUUUGAGUGGCCGGGAAGCAGAGAUUUCUAAUCUCAGAUUGCAAUGGCUCGUCUCUUCCUCCCCCUCAUCUUCCUCUCCUUCCUCGCCGUGGUGGUCGCCGCUAGCGAUGAAGAUGCGAUGAUCCGGCAGGUUGUUGAUGAAAAGGACGAGAUGCUGAACGCGGAGGCCCAUUUCGCAAGCUUCCUCCGUAACUACGGGAAGAAGUACUCGGACGCCGAGGAGCAUGCCUACCGCUUUAAGGUAUUUAAAGACAAUCUCAGGCGGGCGAGGAAGCACCAGAAGCUCGAUUCCUCCGCUAUAUAUGGUGUUACCAAGUUCUCUGACCUAACGCCGGGCGAGUUUCGACGGAAGUAUCUUGGGAUCCGGAAAAAUCGUCGCUCUCUGAGGACUAUUCAUGAUGCUCCACUUCUGCCGACGAAUAAUCUUCCCGCGGAUUUUGACUGGAGGGAUCACGGUGCCGUAACGGGUGUGAAGGAUCAG